AUGGGGUGCGUGUCACUUUCUCCAUGUAAUUUGUAAAGGAGAACAUUCCAAUGCUGGUGUCCUGCCCAGAUUGCAUGAACUCAUGCAGGUGCUCUGUUGGGCGUGAGCGGGCCGUGGUUUGGCUCUGAGAGGGUGCAGCCCCUCAGCCAGCUGGCUGGGCUGAGCAGGGAGUCAGGGCACGCCAGGGCUGCUGUGGCUCUUCUAGUCAGGCUCACAUGACCCCGUGAGCCACGCUGCUAUUUCCAAACCUGCUGCUUGCUGCUGAAGGUAUUUUGGUUAGAAAAUAUGCUAUAAAUGUCACAGGGAGGGCACAGUGAGGCUAGAGGACAACUGGGGGCACCUCUGCACCUCUCAGCGAGUGGGAUGUGUGCUGGAUCAGUGGCACAGGGGUGCUGGACAACACCUAUCUCUGUCUCCAGCUCCAGCUUUUUCCUGCUGUGCCCUGGGAGCUGAGCCCCAGCACAGUCCUGAUGUGGUGUUCCAUGCUUUGGGCACAGCAGCACCAGGGCUGAGGCUGAGCAGGCACCCACUCACCAACGGAUCAGGAAGGAUUGUCCCUGAUAGAACAGUGGCCAGGUGUACCUGCAAUUACAUGGCGAGGAUCUCUGAAGACAUCUCCCUCCAGGGCUGUGCCCUCACAUGACUGAAGGUGGGCAGUGGCCACUUCUGCACCCCAACAAACCCAGCCAUGCUGGUGGCUGGGCUGGUUGGUGACAGCUGCCUUGUCUUUUGGCGUGGGGAAGAAGGGAAUCUCACUAGUAAAUUCACUAGUAAAGUUCCACUGAAAUAUGGCGUCUAGAAUUUGACUCAAAUAGGUCAAUUUUGUACAGCCAGCUGAACUGUGACCAAGCAGUGCAGUGGUUCUCUGUUCCUGGGCAAACACCCACUAUGCUCAGCUUAGAGGAGGUGCCUCUCCUAGCCCAAGGCUCUCUGUGGCAGAGCAGGAGCUUAGCCAUCUGAUGUCCAUGCCUAAUUGCUGUUCCAAGAAAGGCUGGAAGUGUUCUGUUCCCAGCACUAAGCUUGGAUGCCCUGUGCUGUGUUCAGGCUCAUCUAACCAGAAGCAGAUGCUUGGCCCAGAGAUCGAUGCACUUGGCAGCAGAUAAACAAAUGCAGGAGUUCCAAGGUGUGUGGCUGGCUGUGCUGCUUGAGCUGGGGCAAGGGUCUGCAGCAGGAGGGGGCAGUGACAUCUCUGACUCCUAAAGCAGCAUAAGGAUUUUUUCAACACACCUGCCUGUACAAUCCCCAUCAACAUGACAGAGCACAAAAUGCUUGAGUGUCUGACAGGCCCAAACUUUGAUGGGAGAAAAACAGUGGUUGCUUUAAACCCUUGAUGGACCUGAAUGAUUCCUCUGUGGCAGAUGGUUCUGUUUUGGGUCAUGACAGUGUAGCUGGAGAGUAUCAGAGGCAGUUGUCUGGUGGUGGUGCUAUUCUUCUGCUGUUCCUCUACAGCUGCUUGUACUAGCCUGCCCUCAGCAGCAGCAGCUGCUUCCCUGUCUCAAGUAGGACAGGAAGCAUCAGGGUCCAGCAGUGCAGGCAUCUGGUUCUGCACCUGUCUCAGGAUCACCAGCAGCACCUCUGUCCUCACAAGGGUACAGGGGGCAUCUGACUCAGGUUGUGCUCCCAUGCUGGGCUGUGUGCUGCCACAGUUGUGCUGGGCAGCACAGCUCCUCCUGCUCCUUUCAAGUUGUCCCCUGCAGCUACAGGAGGGUGACAGCUCUGCAUGUGUUUGCGACCACAGCCCUGGCACAUCCACACUGCACUUGCCAGCUGGGACACGAGCGGCCGGUUCCUGUGUUGCUGGUUGUGCCCGUGCCCCUUCCCCCAGAAGAGCUUGAUGUUGGGAAAUUGCUUCCAGGCUACCCAUGCAAGAGUAGGUUUGACCCCUUGGAUAGGCACAUCAACAGGUGGGUGGUAAGAUGAGACACCAACUUCUGCCCAGAAGUGGGAGGCUACAGCCUGGGCGGCUCAAUUACGAAGCAUCAUGGCAAAUAGCAUGAGCUGCAUGUCCCCAAAAUAGCCCAGGGGAGGCUUUAUAAUGUGGUGCUCCCAGAGAAUCAUCAGUCCUGGGCCAAGGUGAGCUGCAAGUGCCAGGUGCCACCUCCUGCAUGUGACUCAGGAGUGCAGAAGAGCAGGGUGGCUGCCACUUCCCUGCAGCAAGGGGACACUGACACAGGCAGGGGCACAGCAGGAGCGCAGCAGUGCAGGGCCGGCACAGAUCCGUAGUGAGGAGGGCCCCUGACAGGCAGAAGAGGAGACAGCAGUGCAGUGAGGGGCCGGGGCCGAGUGCUGAGCACCCCCCAUGCCGCUGUGCCUGAAGGCUCCUGUCAGCAUGAGGGACUAUUGCCCGUUGUCGGUGCCGCGAUACGGCCGCUACACGCCGCGUCUGAGGGCCUCGCGCACUGUGCACUUCCCGAACGACGUCGUCUUUCAGGACCACAUCAAGCAGGGGGACCUGGAGCAGGUGGGCAGGUUCAUACGAGCCAGGAAGGUGACACUGGACACCAUCUACCCUUCUGGCAUGGCAGCCCUCCAUGAAGCCGUGCUGACGGGAAACCUGGACUGUGUCAAGCUCCUGGUGAAAUACGGUGCUGACAUCCACCAGAGAGAUGAGAACGGGUGGACGCCCCUACACAUGGCCUGCAGCGACGGCUACGCUGACAUAGCCAGGUACCUCCUGUCCCUCGGGGCCAGCCUGGAAGCCACCACUGAUGACGGGGAGAAANCGGCUGCAGCUGCUGCACUGUCCCCAGUCCCCACAGAGAGGCACACGCAGAGCUGGCCCUGCAGCCCGGCACGGGCCCACACCUAUUUACAGAUAUGA